AAGAAGAAGAACUUUGUAUUUUCAGGAAGCAAAACAAAAAUGUCGGUUCGUUUCUGUCGACGGUUUGAUUUAUUAAAUAUGUAUUUCACAGAACCACAUUAAUAAAACCACUCGCCGCCAUGGAGCUGCUGCACGCGGCUCCUCCGUGCGGACACGUCAUCGCCAACGACAAGUGGAGGAACUCUCCGCUCGUUCAAAGCUUGAAGGACGGAGGCGUGAAAGUCCUGUUUGAGUCUGAGCUCGGUGUCGCAGAUUUCCUCCUCCCCAACAAAGGUUCCAUCCUCUACGUGUCCGAGUGCGACAUCGUGGCCGGAAACGGCUUCAAGAGGAAACUGGUCCGAUACAGAAACGCCAGCAGCAGCUUCCAGCAGCUGGUUCUGGUGGAGAACACCCGGCUGAGUGCCCAGAACUUCUCCGCCGUGCAGAAGUUCGUGGUGUUCGACCUCGGCCUGACGCUGCUGCCGGUCGCCGGGCAGAACGAGGCGUCGCAGCUCGUCACCCAGAUGGUCCACGCCGGCGGCAGGGAGAACUCCUUCAGGAGGUCCGGCUCCUCUGGGCCAAUGGACCCGCUGGUCCUGGCCGUGGUCCAGCAGGUGCCCGGGGUCGGCCGGGUCAAGGCUCUGGCUCUGCUGCAGCGGUUCUCCAGCCUCCAUCGGCUCUGUGACGCCGCGCCCGUCGAGCUGGAGGCCGUUGUGGGUCCGGCGGCCGCUCAGCAGAUCCACAGCUUCUUCCACCGAGCCACAGCUGAUGGACCGUGAGGCCGCGAUGACAGAGAGACAGAGAGACAGACAGAGAGACAGAGAGACAGAGAGAGAGACAGGCAGACAGACAGAGAGACAGACAGAGAGACAGACAGACAGACAGAGAGAGAG